UCGAAUAUUCCACAUGCUCGCCCUCACUCUCUCACUCUCUCUCUCUCUCUCUAGAAGCAAGCUGCAAACUCAGCCUUUCGGUGAUAGAUAGAUGCAGUCAAGGCUCUCACGGACCGACGAUUUUCUCUCUAUCUUGAUACUGAGCUGCAUUUCUUUCAAUUGGAUCUAACUUCCUCUUCCAGCUCAUUUUUAACUAGAGUGCCAUAUGUCCGAGGAAACCAUUGCCAAGCUUGUUCUGUCAGAUGAUUUAUUGUAGACACUUCACCCUUGACCAGAGCCACCAUGGGCGUCUGUCUGGUCAAAUUUUCUGGCUUGUUGGUUCUUCACGUUCUACUUCUUUGUCUGGCAAUCAAUAAAAGCACUGGCCUCACCUCUGAUGGUGAGGCACUUCUAAGCUUUAGGAUGGCAGUUUCCAGUUCUGACGGUGUCAUCUUUCAGUGGAGACCAGAGGAUCCAAAUCCUUGUAACUGGACUGGAGUGGUCUGUGAUUCAAAAACGAAGCGAGUUAUCUCAUUGAAGCUUGGAAGUCACAAGCUGAGUGGGUUCAUUGCACCUGAACUUGGGAAGCUAGACCAAUUAAAGACCCUAAUUCUUUCGGACAACAACCUAUAUGGAACAAUACCAUCAGAACUGGGAAAUUGCUCGCAGUUGCAGGGAAUGUUCUUGCAAAGAAACUACCUAAGCGGAGUGAUUCCCUUUGAGCUGGGAAACCUUUCUGAGUUGGAAAUGUUAGAUGUUUCAAGCAACUCACUUAGUGGAAAUAUUCCAACAUCCCUCGGGAAUUUGGAUAAGCUCGCUAUUCUCAAUGUGUCAUCAAAUUUUUUAAUUGGACCAGUACCUUCUGAUGGUGUUCUUUCCAAGUUUUCAGAGUCUUCCUUUGUUGGAAAUCGUGGUUUAUGUGGCAAACAAGUUAGUGUCACUUGCAAAGACAACAACACUGGAUCUGGAUCAAAUUCUGAAUCCCCAGGCUCAGGCCAAAAUCAAAUGAGGAAGAAGUACUCUGGUCGACUACUCAUAAGUGCAUCAGCUACAGUGGGGGCACUACUACUUGUUGCUCUCAUGUGUUUCUGGGGCUCCUUUCUUUUUAAAAGAUUUGGAAGAAAUGAAAAGAAGGGUCUUGCAAAGAAUGUCGGUGGAGGCGCAUCAGUUGUGAUGUUUCAUGGAGACUUGCCAUACUCUUCAAAAGACAUUAUGAAGAAGUUGGAAACCUUGAAUGAGGAACACAUCAUCGGUUCUGGGGGUUUUGGAACAGUUUACAGACUUGCAAUGGAUGAUGGCAAUGUAUUUGCUUUGAAAAAUAUUGUAAAGAUAAAUGAGGGGUUUGAUCACUUUUUUGAGAGGGAACUUGAAAUUCUUGGAAGCUUAAAGCAUCGGUACCUUGUUAAUUUGAGAGGAUAUUGCAAUUCUCCCACAUCGAAAUUGUUGAUUUAUGAUUACCUAUCUGGGGGCAGCCUUGAUGAGGCCCUUCAUGAAAGAUCCGAGCCAUUAGAUUGGGACACACGCUUGAAUAUUAUAUUUGGAGCAGCAAAAGGGCUUGCCUAUCUGCACCAUGAUUGUUCACCCAGAAUCAUACAUCGGGAUAUCAAGUCGAGCAACAUAUUACUUGAUGGCAAUCUGGAUGCUCGAGUUUCUGACUUUGGACUUGCUAAGCUUCUGGACGAUGAUAAAUCUCACAUUACAACCAUUGUUGCCGGAACAUUUGGUUAUUUGGCCCCUGAAUACAUGCAAAGUGGUAGAGCAACGGAAAAGACCGAUGUAUAUAGUUUUGGAGUCCUGGUACUUGAAGUACUGAGUGGAAAACGACCGACAGAUGCAUCAUUUAUUGAGAAAGGCCUGAACAUUGUUGGCUGGCUAAAUUUUCUUCUCACAGAGAAUAGGCAACGAGAAAUAGUUGAUUCACAAUGUGAAGGAGUACAGACAGAAACUCUUGACGCAUUGCUCAGGCUUGCUAUUCAGUGUGUUUCUUCUAGUCCAGAUGAUCGGCCGACCAUGCACCGAGUCGUCCAGUUCUUUGAGUCUGAGGUUAUGACCCCAUGCCCAAGUGACUUCGAUGAUUCCAAUUCUGAUUAACAGUAGUUUUUGAGAAGCACAAAGCAUGGUGGAGUUCGUUUCAUUGCAGAAGUAGUACCAACAUCCAGGUGUGGUCUGUCUCUCUCUCUCGAUUUCACUUAUGCUGCCUGCUAUUCAUUAUAGAUAAUUAGAAGCUGCUCUCUACCAUUGCCAUCCAUUUGUUCUUCUCUUGUGAGUAGUUUCAUCAAAUUCUUAAUGAUCCCUAUGGUCCCUUUUACUAUUUAAUGAUGAUAUGUGCUUUAUUGUGCAUGAUUCUUACGUACGCCCAAGUUAGAGAAAAUUCCACUAGUAAUUUCCACUUCUUCCUUAAUUGUAAUUUCGUCUGUCCUCGUUUGGUAUUUGAUUGAACAUGAGCGUCUGUACAAAAUCAAAUUGCUCCUUAAGUUAUUCUUCACUUUCCUUCUUUCUCUGUAAAGUGUGAUUUUAUUUAAUGAAUCAGCACAUUGUAUUAUCUAAGAACAAUCUUAUGAGUCUUGUAGUCUAUAGCUUUCAUUUG